GCGCGGCGGUUGGUGUGGGCGGCGGUUGGUGUGGGCGGCGGCGGCCCCGGCCCCGGCCCCGCGGAGGACGGACACCAUGUUCCAGGCCCUCGGCAGCGGCUUUGACGAUGACCCCUUCUUCUCGGAACCUUUCUCUACUCAUCACGAACACAUGCGCCAGAUGAUGAGAAGUUUUUCCGACCCUUUUGGACGUGACUCACUGCUCAGUCUUGCCGAUAGAGGAAGAACUCGAAAUCAGAAAGGACGUGAUAAUUCUGAGGUUGCCUUGCAUGGAAAUCAAAGGAGUACAGACAUUCAGGAUCCUUUUCAAGCAGUGGGCAGAAUGAUGUCAAAUAUGCGGAACAGUAUGCAGGAAUUGCAAAGAAAUUUUGGUCAGCUGUCGUUCAAUUCAGACGGGCAUUCGUUUAGUUCUUCCUCGAUAAUGACCUAUUCCAAAGUGGGAGAUGAACCGCCUAAGGUUUUCCAAGCUUCGACUCAGACUCGCAGAGCUCCAGGAGGAAUUAAAGAGACGAGGAAGGCGAUGAAGGAUUCUGACAGUGGAUUGGAGAAAAUGGCCGUUGGUCAUCAUAUACACGAUCGCGCUCACGUCAUUAAAAAAUCGAAGAACAACAAAACGGGAGAGCAAGAAGUAAAUCAAGAAUUCAUCAAUUUGGAUGAAUCUGAUGCUCACACUUUCGAUGAAGAAUGGCAAAAGGAGAUCCUUAAAUUUAAGCCAGCUGGAAUCAGAAACAAUCUAGUCACUCCAAAGCACAAAAGCGUACAUCAUGGUUCUGCAGGAAGAAAAGACGAUUCAGAUAGAAGGGCGAAGCUCGGCCAGAAAUCAUCUAUCGAAGGCCCUAGAAGACCUAAGGUUUUUGUGGAGCAGCUCAACAUAAAAGGGUCACCUGUAAAGUCCAGCAAAAAAUAAACUUCCUCAAGUGUGAUCUGAA